CUAUGUAUAUUACAAAUUUGAUUCCACAAAAAUAGAGCGAGGACGGCGAAAUUGAGCAAUAUUAUUCCCUUUGAACAUAUUUGUGGAUCUUCAAAUAGCUUAUAGAUAAAAGUGGUUAAACGCUAUUAAGUGGAAUUUUGAAGACGUAACUGCCUUACUUUUUGAACGCAGUUUAUUGUGUCGGGGAUUCGCUGCGGUGGGCCUAUGUGUACGUGGCUGGACCAAGUUUGACUGACACCUAGUGUCGUGUUGUGGAAGUAUAUUGUGCUCAAAUUCCUGAAGAAUCAUGCUGCAAAGUGAUAUUUUCAGUUAAUCUGAGGUAAUAGGACACCAUGGCAGGCAUUCAAGUCUCUGCAGGAGCAACAUCAUUGGGUUCCACAGCAUGGAGGUUGUUAUGGCAAAGACGUCCUCCUGUUCACAUCUCCAGACGAGUAAUCCACAUCAUUUUUUAACACGUCACCAGGAGGACUUCCAGACCUUGUCUUCCAACAAGGUCUUUUUUUUCGAGGGCUCAGGACUUGAUACACAUCAAGUACUUCACAGUUUUUUUCUUACUACAACAGCACCUUGCAGGUGAGCCUGGAGCAGAGUGGCUACACCUGUGGAGAAGGCCACCUGUGUUGAAGGAAUGUUUAAAGCUCAACCGUGAACUUCCACAUCAAGAAAAGACUUUUGCCACCAACAGCUUGUGUUUCAAAUCCCGGCAGGAACACUGAUAAUAUUCCAGGUUAUUACACAAGGGCCACAAAGAGAGAAUGCCUGUGACCAGCCACAGAACGUCCUUCUCUGAUCCCGGGGCCGACCGGAUAACCAAGAGCCAUGUACAGUUUGGCCAAUCCCAUCUGUCCAGCUUGUACUACACGACCACGGCCAAGGAUCACUACAGGAAACCGGACGACUACAAGUUUAGCACCAGCACCACCAAGACAGAUGACCCACCUUUGACCCCCACAGGAACACCUUACCUGUCCAGGCAGAAGGCCUCCUCGGUGGUUUUUGGUGAUCCUUCGAAGAUCAUAGAGAGAGAGUCGACCUACGCUGCGUCAUUUAGAUGGACCGAUGAACACACGUUGAGAGCCAGCAAUACAAACCCUUACGAUGUGCCUUUGAAGACCCGCGGACUAUGUCCACCUCAGCACACGGCCUCCUCAGUGGUUUUUAGUGAUCCUUUGAAGAUCAUAGAGAGAGAGUCGACCUACGCUGCGUCAUUUAGAUGGACCGAUGAACACACGUUGAGAGCCAGCAAUACAAACCCUUACGAUGUGCCUUUGAAGACCCGCGGACUAUGUCCACCUCAGCACACGGUGAAAGAAAAAAUAGCAACAUCAGGUUUCCUCUGGCUCAUCGCCCCUCCAGCACCACCUACAGGGAAGAAUACACAACCAAACCUUUGACUUUGUAGCGUUCUUCCAACAAUCAGCUGCGUUCUAAUUU